UCGAGGAUUGAGCGUGCCGUGUUGUUGUUUUGACGUGCCACAAGCGGGCUCCUCGAAAACACACGCUGCUCACUUAUUGACAUUGGAGCUUUUCUCGCUUUGUUUUUUUUUUCUUCUUCACAAUCGCAUGUAGCGAUCGCCAAGUGCUUUGCUCUCUGUUCGUGUAAUUGCAGGGACCUAUUGUGGGAUGACUCGGUUUCGUCGCGGGAGCUGUCUUUUGUGUCAAAUAUGAAGCGUCUGUCUUCGUAACAUCGCUCCGGUCGAAAAACUCGUGGUCAGCAGUUUAGUUGCGUCCGUUCAUUUCCUCUGCGGGUUAUUUGUCGAGAUUCAAUUAGAAUGAAGCAGGACGGCGAUGCAGCCAGUGUGCCCGCGUGCUUUAUCUCAAACCAUGAGGGCUUUCUUGGAAACAUUAAAAAGUUCAUCCGAGACUUUGUGGUGACUGAAAUAGACAUCAACGGACGGCAGGUGAAUACAGGAGUAGUCGCCCAGGCUCCGUUUUGCUCGGAUAAGAUCAGUGGGAGCCGUAAACAGGAUCAGAACCUCCAGGGCUCGGAGGAUGCCGACGCCUCAGCCGACUGCAGGUUCGAUUUGACCAUAUCGAGCGCUGACAAUUUGGACUUGAGCAUGGUCUUGGGUCAGGUGGUGAGCGAACAGCUGGAGCAGUUUGUGGUGAGUCUCCGGGACGAGGGGGAAGAGGGCGAGAAGUCGGGCCACAAGGAGCUCUCCCUGGGCUCCUUCACCGACAAGUACCAGCGGGCCAACGUGCAUCGGGCCGUCCGACACCGCUUCCCCUUCCUCAUGACCGUCACCAUCCAGCCCGAGAUCAGGGUGAGGGAGGACCCGGACUACAGGGAGCUUUCCCAGCUGGUCACCGAGGAGGAAGCGGAAGACUUCUUCAGGUUCAUCGACGCCAAAGUGCAGGACUCGUCCUACACGUUUCACGCCGACGACAACAAGGAGCACCGCGCGGCCGUGCACCACUUCCUCAACCGCCGCUUCGGCAAACUGGUGGAGACCAAGAGCUUCAACGAACACGACCGGACGGCCAUCUCGGUGCGACUGAGGGAGCGAGGCAGACCCAAGAAGAGGAGCGCCGAGGAGCGCAGGGAGGAGGACGUCUACACAGCGUUCACUUUGUGUAAGGAAAAUCUGGAGACUCUGGAGGCCAUCAGCUACAUGGCGGCAACGCUCGGCGUCCUGCCGUCAGACUUCACCUACGCCGGCAUCAAGGACAAGCGUGCGGUCACCUACCAAUCCAUGGUGGUCAAGAAGGUCUCGCCUCAACGGUUGAUGGAAAAGAGGGCGGAGUUUGAGAGGCGAGGGAUGCGUCUUUCUCACGUCCGCUCCGUGUCGGAGCCACUGAAGCUGGGGCGGCUGCAGGGAAACCACUUUGACUUGGUGGUUCGCAAUCUGAGGUCGCACGGCACCGGCGCCGCGCACUCGGGUGUCGAGACGCGCCGUCGACUUGCCGGCUUGGUGGAGGAAGCGCUGGAGAACGUCAAGGUGAGAGGUUUUGUCAACUACUACGGGCCGCAGAGGUUCGGAACGGGUCAAAGCGUUCAGUCUGACCAAGUUGGGCUGGCACUACUCAAAGAAGACAUGGUGAACGCAGUGCGCUUAUUCUUCAGUCCCGAAGACGGCGACGAUCCUCCGAGCAAAGCGAAGCGACACUUCCUCCAGACUGAUAACGCAAAGGAGUCCUUGGCGUUAAUGCCCGCCUCCAAAGCCCGGGAGCGGCUCAUGCUGCGUGCCCUGAACCGGUACGGCACCGGCCCGGAUGGCUGCGCCAAAGCCUGGCUCAGCCUGCCUCACGGCAUGAGAGUCUUCUACCCGCACGCCUACUGCAGCAGAAUUUGGAACGAAGCGGUGGCGCACCGGUUGGCUACGCUGGGUCACUAUGUUCGAAAAGGAGACCUGGUGUGGAUGCAGGAAGCAGAGAAAACGGACGAGUGCGUAGAAUGCAAGGCGGCUCAGAUUCACGUGGUGACCGAACAAGAAGAGCAACAAGGAGUCUACGCUCUCGCUCAGGUGCUGCUUCCCAUGCCGGGAAACACGGUGACGUACCCCGACAACGCCAUGGGUGCGUGGUACCAAGAGAGACUAGCCAGAGACGGGCUGGACAACUGCCGCUUCCGAGUGGGCGGACUCAAGCUGAACGUGCCGGGCUGCUACCGCCCCUUACUGGCCAACCUGUGCAACCUUAGCUACCAGCUCCAGACCAACGAGGAAGUCGGAGGAGGAGCGGGGAACGGCGCCAGAAAGGACGAGGAACGCUUGAAGGUGGCGGCGGAAGACGCCAAGCGUGACUCGCUCACGCUCACCUUGAACUUUGACCUGGACUCCUCGUGCUAUGCCACCAUUUGCCUCAGAGAGAUCAUGAAGUGUGACUUCUAGAUGUUUACGCACGGAAAUUUGUAUGUCUUCUGACUCUCGUGGUUGUACUAUGGUCGGUUUAAUUGUGUGGUGUUUGUAUUUGGUGACAUCAAUGACAAUAAAAAAAGAUGAGCUUUUCA